GCCGGGGCAGGCGCCGCUGCCCUUCCCGGGGCCCUGCCUGCCCCUGCCGGGGCCCUGCCGUGUCCUUGCUGACCAGCUCUCUCCUCCACGCUUUAGAGACAGUACGUGUCAUCAAUGCCAGCAGCACAGUGUCUCUAAGCAGCUCAGGGACAGCCGUGUCACCGUCUCCAUCCAGGACACGGGGCUCAGCCACACCUCCAUCUCCAUCCAACACGACCACGGCACCGUCUCUGUCCCACUCAGCCAUGCCCAGCUCCCCAGCCACGGGGCAUCCAUCCAGCUUGACAGCAGUGCCAACCUCGUCCUUGCCCAGGCCCUCUGGGCCGCCUCCUGCUCCCAGCUCACCAGCGCCCACGAUGAGCCCCGGUCCCAGCAGCACCGUGGCCGGCAGCUCCGGAACAACACCAGCCAUCGGUGGCAGCACCGCGGCCGGCAGCUCCAGAACAACACCGGCCAUCGGCACCAGCACUGCGGCUGGCAGCUCCGGAACGACACCGGCCAUCAGCGGCAGCACCGUGGCCACCAGCUCUGGAAUGACACCAGCUAUUGGCAGCAGCACCGCGGCCACCAGCUCCGGAACGACACCGGCCAUCGGCACCAGCACCACGGCCGGCAGCUCCAGAACGACACCGGCCAUCGGCACCAGCACCGUGGCCGCCAGCUCCGGAACGACACCGGCCAUCGGCACCAACACCACGGCCGGCAGCUCCAGAACGACACCGGCCAUCGGCACCAGCACCGUGGCCGCCAGCUCCGGAACGACACCAGCCAUCGGCAUCGGCACCAGCACCGCGGCCGGCAGCUUGGCGCAGCCCCCCACCAAGCUCAACCCUGGUGUGGUCAUCAUCAUCUGCCUCUUUGUCUGCGUGCUGGUGGGGGGAGCAGCGGUGCUGCUGGUGUGGCUGUGCCGGCGUGGGACCCCCCGCUUCCGCCACCUGGACGAGGUGCCCAUGAGCAAGGUGACAGAGGGGUCCCCCAUCGCCCACCACGCACCCAGGUGACCCCCCCACCGCAGCCCCCCGGG